GGGUAAUCGCACAGAUGCGUUUAGGAAGUUGUGGGAAGCCUCACUUAAGAGCUGUCUUUUUCUAUAUACAUACAUAUACUUUUAUGCACGUAUCCACUCCCACCCCCUCCCUUAUUUUGAGGGUUCUGUUUUCUUUCUUCUUCUUUUUUUUUUCCUCCUCCUGAUUUGGGAUUAUGUGGCAGGGAAAAGUUUGCAGUGAAGCCUCAGUGAGUGCUGCUGGAUUGCCUGUGCCUGCUGCCCCCGAGCUGGGGGAGAGCUCCGGGCCCCGGGCUGACAUCUGGGGGGCUACCAAGGCUCUUACCGACUAUCCGAGCAGCGGCAAGGCGCAUGCGCAGUGCACCCUACAAGAAAUGGUCAAUGCAUGGUUUGCUGAAAGAGUCCACACAAUACCAUCGACUAAAGAGGGUGGAAAAGGUACCUCAGAGAUUAACCAGCAGACCCUUAGCUCUGAAAACACCACCCAAGGGACACCAGUUAGAAAGAUCUCUGCUUCCGAGUUUGAUCGGCCUCUAAGGCCCAUUGUUGUCAAAGACUCUGUUGGAUCAGUGACAUUCCUUUCUGAUUCUGAAAAGAAGGAACAGAUGCCUCUGAAUCCCCCACGCUUAAUCAGCGCAGGUGACCAAUGCUCAAGGCUUCUGGAACUGGUGAAAGAUAUUUCAAGUCAUCUAGACGUAACAGCCCUGUGUCACAAAAUUUUCUUGCACAUUCACGAACUCAUAGAGGCGGAUCGAUAUUCCCUUUUUUUAGUCUGCGAGGAUAGUUCUAAUGAAAAGUUUCUGGUUAGUAGAUUGUUUGAUGUGGCUGAAGGCACAACCUUGGAAGAAGCUUCAAACAACUGCAUCCGUUUGGAAUGGAGUAAAGGGAUUGUUGGACACGUGGCAGAGACUGGCCAACCUUUGAACAUAAAAGAUGCUUACAAGGACUCCAGAUUCAAUGCGGAAGUCGACCAAAUUACUGGCUACAAAACACAGAGUAUCCUUUGUAUGCCAAUUAAGAAUCACAGGGAAGAGGUGGUUGGUGUGGCCCAAGCAAUCAACAAGAAAUCAGGAACAAAUGGAACAUUUACGGAGCAAGAUGAGAAGGAUUUUUCUGCUUACCUUGCAUUCUGUGGGAUCGUUAUGCACAAUGCGCAACUGUAUGAGACGUCACUGCUUGAGAAUAGGAGAAACCAGGUACUUCUAGACCUUGCAACCUUAAUAUUUGAAGAGCAGCAGUCACUGGAGGUUAUCUUAAAGAAAAUAGCUGCAACGAUUCUGUCGUUCAUGCAGGCCCGGAGAUGCACCAUCUUCAUAGUGGAUGAAGAGUGCCCUGACACCUUUUCCAGUGUUUUCCAUAUGGAGUCUGAUGAACUGAAUGAAGCUGCCGAUGCAGUGAAAAGGAAGUAUGAUGUUUGCAAAAUUAAUUACAUGUAUGCUCAGUAUGUGGCAACAACGAUGGAACCACUUAAUAUCCCUGACAUCUCUAGGGACAAACGGUUUUCAUGGAGCAAUGGAAGUGAAGAAACUCCCCAUGUUGACACGAAGAGCCUACUUUGUACCCCCAUUAAGAAUGGAAAGAAGAAUAAAGUGAUAGGCGUUUGCCAACUUAUAAACAAAGUGGAUGAGAACUCAAGCAAAAUAAAGGCUUUCAACAGAAAUGAUGAGCAGUUUCUAGAAGCCUUUGCCAUAUUCUGCGGCUUGGGAAUCCAGAAUACCCAGAUGUAUGAGGUUGUGGAACGUGCAAUGGCCAAACAGAUGGUGACAUUAGAGAUCCUUUCAUAUCAUGCAUCUGCUGCUGAAGAAGAAACAAUGGAGCUGCAGGUAACAGCGGGUGCUGUUGUGCCAUCUGCACAAUCGCUUAAGUUAACAGACUUCUACUUCAGUGACUUUGAACUCUCUGACAUGGAAACCACAUUAGCCACAAGUCGAAUGUUCACUGACCUUAACCUUGUGCAGAACUUCCAGAUGAAAUAUGAGACCCUUUGCAGGUGGAUACUGAGCGUGAAGAAAAACUACAGGAAGCACGUUGCAUAUCACAACUGGAGACAUGCUUUCAACACAGCCCAAUGUAUGUUUGCAGCUCUGAAAACCGGCAAGAUCCAGAAUAAGCUGACUGACCUGGAGAUUCUUGCUUUGAUGAUAGCCACAUUAAGCCAUGACUUGGAUCAUAGAGGGGUUAACAACUCUUUCAUACAGAGAAGUGAACAUCCAUUAGCACAACUGUACUGUCAUUCCAUAAUGGAGAACCACCACUUUGACCAGUGCCUCAUGAUACUCAACAGUCAGGGUAACCAGAUUCUGAGUGGUCUCUCCGUUGAGGAUUACAAGUCUGUGCUGCGGAUGAUUAAGCAGGCAAUUCUCGCCACAGAUUUGGCCCUUUACAUCAAGAGACGGAAUGAGUUUUUUGAAUCGGUUAAAAAGAAGUGCUUCAGAUGGGACGAUCCUACUCAAAAGCAAUUGUUUUUAGCUAUGUUGAUGACUGCUUGUGAUUUGUCUGCAAUAACAAAACCUUGGCCAGUACAGCAGCGGAUAGCUGAACUUGUAGCUUCUGAAUUUUAUGAACAAGGAGAUAAAGAGAGAAGGGAACUCAAUAUCGAGCCUAUAGACCUGAUGAACAGAGAUAAAAAGGAUAAAGUACCAAGCAUGCAGGUUGGAUUUAUUGAUGCAAUCUGCCUGGAACUCUAUGAGGCCUUAACACAGGUUUCUGAAUCGUGUUUUCCUUUACUUGAUGGCUGCCGAAAGAAUAAACAGAAGUGGCAGGUUCUGGCUGAACAACAAGAGAAGAAAACGAUCAAUGGAGACGGCAACCAGUCAAAGCUUAACUGUGAUUUGGAUUAAAUAACAUCAGCAAUAUAGAACCUUGUGGUACAAUAUAGCAUUACACUAUUUGGAAGCUUUCAUAUGUUGCCACUAUAUUAUUUAUUAGAUUCACCUGCAGGGUUCUGUUUAUAGACCUAACGAGAAUGUAGAUGGAAUGUCAUUUAAAUCAGUCCCACCACUGGCUGAUGUAUGACAUCAACCAUUGGAAAGACUUGUCAUUGACAUCUUCCUUUCUAUUCUCAUUGUCCUUUAGGACCAGUGCCUUAAAGCAGAGUUGCCAUUUUAUUUAUGUAAAUAAGCACCAUAAUUCUUAUUAUAAAGCUAAUGUGACAAACACGUUUUGGUUUUGUAGAACCAACACAACACAUUGAAGUAUGUUUCCUGGAUCCAUUCACUUGUCUAUAAUCAACAAUGAGGAGGCAUUUUCAGA